AUGAACAGCUUUAUGAUUGUUUAUAUAUUUCUGUAUCACCUGGCUAAUAACUCCACUAACAGCACUGAGGCUGUGGAGAUCAUAGGCUUCCCUCAUCAUCUGUACCACCAGGCCUCCAAAGCUUCAGCGAAGGAUAAAGUAGCGUUCAUGGUCCAGAUUCUGGAGGGGGUGUUGUCCCUGUUUGAGGAGGACCACAGCUCUUCAUCUUGGGAGGAGACCACAGAGGAGAACUUUCUCAGCGUCAUCAACCAACAGGCUGAAGAGCUCCACUCCUGCAUUGGAGGUCAAGGCCACACGAAGAUGAAUGUGAAGCUGCAGAAGUAUUUCAAGAGACUGUCAGAUGAAAUGCUGAAGAAAAGCUCUUCUGAUCAGAGUAGACAAUCUCCCAUCUUUACUCACCAGAAACUGACAUCUGGACCCUGAUCUACCUCUCACAUAAAAGCUAAUUUUUUUAUUUAUUGUUUUCAUGUUUUUUAUCCAAAUAUUUUAUUAGGUUUUAUUUAUUGAAAGAUUGUUACACAUUUCUUACUGCUUAUAAUUAUUUACAUAUUUACUGAACUAUUGUUUCAGCUUUUAUUGUACGGAUGAUUCAAAUGAAAAAUAUUCUUAAAACAUUUUCAAAAAAUGUAAAGAUCUUUAUCACAUUUUACAAUAAAGGAAAUAAUUUGCAUGAUGAAAAUGUUAGUCUUACAUUUUUUAUUUGUUUUAUUUGUUUUAUUUGUCAUAUGCAAGUUAGCACAGGGUCAACAUUGCAAUGAAAUGUGGUUGACGAGCAGCGGUCUCUCAGCAGCAUAAUACAAUAGAAAAAAGAAGAAGGUAUAAUACAGUGAAAGCAAAAUAUUAGAGAGUCAUGCUAAAAGUAAAAGCUUACUAAAUAGAUAAGUAAGUAUAGAUGACUAAAUAUAAAUAUAUCUUAAAAAAAGUGAGUAGUUACUUUAAAAUGAAGUAACCAGUGCAGAUUAAAUUUUACUUGUGGAGCUGCAGGGUAACAUCUGUAUCCUGUGUUGUGUGUGUUUAAGUGUGUGUUU